AUGCGAAUGGUUUUUUACAUAAUAACUAUUCUGGGAUGUAUACCGGCCAUUCACAGCGAUGUGAUGUUCACCAAUCUGAAAUGCGGCAUCAUGGACAGAAAGUUUGCCAGCUUUAAAAAGUGCUACAUAAAAGCGGUCAAUCGUACCCAUAAGUACAUCGAUGUACAUGUAAAUCUUUAUCAAACACCAAUAGAUAAUGUGACAGUCCAUGCCAAGCUUAUGCGACAUGAUAAUCAUGGCUAUAAGCCAUUUUUCAUAGAUGUCACCUUCGAUGGCUGUAAAUUCCUGAAAAAUCAACGUCAACCGAUUGUGAAAAUGCUGUACGAAAUGUACAAGAAUAGCUCUAACGUCAACCAUACUUGCCCCUAUGAUCACGACAUUAUCUUGGACCACCUUUGGACUGGAAACAUUGAAAUGGAUAUUGCAAAAUACAUUCCCAUGCUAAAUGGUGAUUAUGCAGUCUUUUCCGAAUGGUCUACAUAUAACAUUGCCAGGGCGUUUUUUAAUGUUUACAUAAGAGUUUCCAAUAGACAAAACUAG